GUUUGUCUGCAGCCCGGCCGCUACCGUAGCAACAGUGUGUGCGCGCGCUCCGGCACCGUCUUCUGUCAUCUGUCAGCGGUCAGCUGGACCCGCGCUCGUCCCGAACAGGGUUUUCGACUGAGAACAUUCCAUUUGGUUGCCGGAAUUGAUAUGGACGGCUUGUAUCACAGGCAGACCCGUCUCGCCAGAGGUGGGCAGAUGCCAACGAUACUUGUAGAACUGAUACUGCUGAUGCUGACAAUGGUGCCGCAAGCCGCGGGAUCGACGCCUGAAGUGGGCACUGGCCUUUACGAGGUGCGCCACCUGGUGGCGCAGCCCGACUUCCGCGAAGUGCGCCUGCGCUGGGAGACUGACGGCGGAGCUCCUGAGUCGCUCGGCUUCCUCGUGCACUACUGCGAGCUGCAGCCGUGGGGCGCGUACCGGUGUAAGGUCAAGGCGGUGGACGGCGGCGGCGGCCGGGAGGCGGUGCAGGGCGGCCCUGGCGGCGGACGGGUGCGGCUCUUCUCCUCGGUGGUGAGCGGCCUCCGCAUGGACACCAACUACACGUUUGAGGUGCGGCCCGCCGCCCCGCAGGGCGCCGCCGCCAAGGCGCGCGGGCAGACCAUCGCCGUCGCCACCAGGGGCUUCUCAGCGCGCGCGACCCUGUGCCUGCCCGAGGCGAGCGAGGUGGAGGUGGUGACGGGCCCGCACUUCGGCGGCCGCGUCGCGGCGGAGGGCGCCGCCGGGUCUCGCUGCUCGCUGGACGGCGACGCCCGCAGCGCGCGCGCCGUCUACGUGCUGCGCGUCGACCACGCGGCGUGCGGCGGCGCGCGCAACGCCACCGCCGUCACCACCUACGUCACCGUGCAGGAGAGCGCCGCCAUACUGACGCACUCGACGCGCCGCUUCCUCGUCAUCUGCUCCUUCCAGCCGGACACGCUCACCGUCAGGGCAGGGAUACGGCUGCCAGUGCGAGACAACGAGGUGGACAACGAGGUGGAGGCGUCUGGAGCCGCUGGAGACGGCGGGGCCGAUGAGGGCGCCGAGGUGGCCCGCGUGCGCUCCGCCAUCUUGCCGUACGCGGACGCAGACGUCGACGCCGCGCUGCAGGCGGCAGACGUCGCGCUGGACGCAGACAGCGGCGUGCGAGCCGCGAGGCUGUUACACCACCGGCACGUCAUUGAUGACCUGGACAUCGACGCCAGGGCUUCUGGACACUCCAACUGGCAGCUAACUCUGAUGCUGGUGCUCACCUCGGCUGGGCUGGUGGGCUGCGCUCUGUCAGCCUGGUGGUUCUCCCCGUCCAACUGCCGCCGUCCACCUGAACUGGCUGACGACGGUUCAUCGCUGUCAGCGUACGAGAACUUGACCAACUCUCUGCGAGACGCGGCGUCGGUGAGCAGCGGCUCCAUCGGCUCUGGCGGGCGCUGCACGGCCUCGGAAUGCGACGCGGACGGCGUCAUCACCAUCCGGCUGGGUUCCGACUCACACGAGCCGCACGUGGACGCCGCCUCCAUUGCUUCCGCUGGCUGCCACUGUGUCCAUGGCGGCGCCACUGCCGCCGCCGCUUCCGCACCGCCUCACGAGCCCUGUAUUACUCUGGAGGACGCUUCCCAGUCCGAAGCCUGAUGCAAUCCGCUUCAGCAGGCACGUAUUUCCCAACGGGGAACCGCCUUCCGCACCGAGUAUUGGAGUAGGGGCAAAAUAAUUCCGGCUUUCGCAGCGAAACCCCCAAACGAACCACAUCAAAAUAAACUGCACCAUCACAUUUUACCUGUUCGGUGACACUUUACGAGGAGCAAAGGCAAGGAUCUCUACCUAAACAAGACGUCCAGCGCCAGACACCCAAGCCUUCCGGCCAGCGACGAUAUUUUUCUGACUACAACCUUGGGGCCACGAGUGUAACCCGAACGCAAGACACAAUUCUUUACGAUUCUGUCUUCACAUGCUCUUACUGCACCAGAUAUUCCAGAUUUCUGGUGUACAACAAAAUUAACUGUUUCGAAACCAGUGCAAGAAACGGUCACAAAUUGCAGUAAAUUACAAGUAAAACACCAUUUGGAGGCUGCACAUCAAUUUUUAUUUAUUUUUUUAAUUUUAUUUAUUAACUCGGACGCAUUUCGCCCUUUCUUAACGAGGCAUUCCCAGUGUGUGUGCCCUGGAAUAUUAUGUUACCUUUUCGUUGUCACAUAUAGGUUAUAGGUUUAAAAACACUUAAUGAAAGGUUUUGUGUAGUAAAAUGAAAAGGUAUUGACAGUUGAGCGUCUGAUUUCUUAACUAAAAACCAUACAGCUUUCCCUCUUGUGAAAAAACGUUUGAAAGCCUCUACGUUUUCCUGCAAUCCCUGUGGCUUCCUAAUACAACAUUUUAACUGUCAUUUUCGGUGUCCAGCGUCUCAUGUGCUUUUAUGCAAGAUGCCAGCUUUCUCUUUUCUGAUUGUAUGUGUGUUAAUCUAAGUUGGAAACAUCUAACCCUUACAAGGAAGUCGCAUUGUAUACAUCGAAAAUGUCUGUUGAAGUCUCAUAUUACGAAGCCAUAGUGACUACACGAAAAAAUGGAGGCUUUCAACCGUUUUACACAUGAAGGACAGAUGCAUGGUUCCCAAAGAAGAAAUUAGUCGCUUUGCUGUAAGUGUCCUUCCAUUUUACCAUAUAAACCUUCCAUUAACCGUUUUUUAAAUCUAUGACCAAAACGGAACAACAGAAAAAUCAUGUAAUAUUGCAGGACACCCACUAAAGACGCCUUGUUAAAAAGAAGUGAAACGCCUCUAGGUGCAUGAAUUAAAUACAAAAUUCAAAAAAUUCACAUGCAGCGUGCAAAAGACUUUUUUCUUGUAAAGUACUGCAAUUU